AUGGCACGGCUCUUGCCUUGCCUAGUCUAUGCAUUGGCUAUAUGCUUAUUGGCCAAUGUUGUAACGGCCGAGUAUGAGCCAUACACUCCAGAAAAAGAAACUCCAAAACCAAUUGUGGAUGCUACGGUUGAACCUCCACCCCCAUCUUACGGAGCAUCUAAGGAAGUAAACUCAUCAACUCCUCCUCCAACUUACGUAACUCCAAAAGUCUACCCAUCACCAUCAGCACCGGCAUACGAAGUUCCAAAAGAUGUUUACUCAUCACCCCCACCUCCAUCUUAUGUAUCUCCAAAAGUCUACCCAUCACCACCACCACCAACAUACGAAGCUUCUGAAGAUGUAUACUCAUCACCCCCUCCUCCAGCUUAUGUAGCUCCAAAAGUUUACCCAUCACCAUCACCACCACCAUCAUACGUAGCUCCUAAAGAAAUUUACUCAUCACCUCCACCUCCAACUUAUGUAGCUCCAAAAUAUGUCUACUCAUCACCACCAUCACCAAUUUAUGUCGCUACCAAAGUAUACCCAUCACCAUCUCCUCCAAAAUAUGUUUACUCAUCACCACCACCACCAACUUACGUCGCUCCCAAAGUUUAUCCAUCACCGUCGUCUCCUAAAUAUGUAUACUCAUCACCCCUACCACGAGCUCACGUCGCACCCAAAGUCUACCCAUCACCAUCACCUCCUAAAUACGUGUACUCAUCACCACCACCACCAUCUUACAUAUCUCCAAAAUAUACGUACUCAUCACCACCACCACCAGCUUAUGUUGCCCCAAAAGUUUACCCAUCACCUCCUAAAUAUGUUUACUCAUCACCACCACCACCAGAUUACGUCGCUUCCAAAGUAUACCCAUCACUAUCACCUCCUAAAUAUGUAUAUUCAUCACCCCCACCACCAGCUUACGUAGCUCCUAAACAUGUUUACUCAUCACCACCAGAUUACGUCGCUCCAAAGGUACAACCAUCACCAUCACCUCCUAAAUAUGUUUACUCAUCACCACCACCACCAUCUUACGAAGCACCAAAAUAUGUUUACUCAUCACCACCACCACCAACUUACGUCGCUCCAAAGGUAUACCCAUCACCAUCACCUCCUAAAUACGUCUACUCAUCACCCCAACCACCAACUUAUGUCGUACCCAAAGUAUAUGCAUCACCAUUACCUCCUAAGUAUGUUUAUUCAUCACCUCCACCACCAUCUUACGUAGCUCCUAAAUAUACAUACUCAUCACCCCCACCAUCAGCUUACGUAGCUCCUAAGUAUACAUACUCAUCACCACCACCAUCAGCUUAUGUCGCCCAAAAAGUUUACCCAUCGCCAUCACCUCCUAAAUAUGUUUACUCAUCACCACCACUUCCAUCUUACGUCGCACCAAAAGUUUACCCAUCACCAUCACCUCCCAAAUAUGUUUACUCAUCACCCCUACCACCAGACUACGUUGCUCCUAAAUAUGUCUAUUCAUCACCACCACCACGAGCCUACGUUGCUCCCAAAGUCUACCCAUCACCAUCCCCUCUUAAAUAUGUUUACUCAUCACCACCACCACCAGCUUACGUUGCUCCCAAAGUCUAUCCAUCACCGCCAUCUCCCAAAUAUGUUUACUUAUCACCCCCACCACCAGCUUACGUAGCUCCUAAAUAUGUAUACUCAUCACCAUCACCACCACCACCAGCUUACGUCGCUCUUACUUAUACAUAUUCAUCACCACCUCCACCAUCUUAUGUCGCCCCAAAGGUUUACCCAUCACCACCACCUCCUAAAUAUGUUUACUCUUCACCACCACCACCAUCUUACGUCGCUCCCAAAAUCUACCCAUCACCAUCACCUCCUAAAUAUGUAUAUUUAUCACCCCCACCACCAACAUACGUAGCUCCUAAAUAUGUUUAUUCAUCACCACCACCACCAGCUUACGUCGCUCCAAAGGUAUACUCAUCACCAUCACCUCCAAAAUACGUGUACUCAUCACCACCACCACCAUCUUACGUCGCUCCAAAGAUAUACCCAUCACCAUCACCUCCUAAAUACGUGUACUCAUCACCACCACCACCAGCUUAUGUCACCUCAAAAGUUUACCCAUCACCAUCACCUCCUAAAUAUGUUUACUCAUCACCACCACCACCAGCUUACGUCGCUCCCAAAGUCUACCCAUCACCAUCACCUCCUAAAUAUGUCUAUUCAUCACCCCCACCACCAUCUUACGUAGAUACUAAAUAUGUUUACUCAUCACCACCACCACCAUCUUACGUCGCUCCAAAGGUAUACCCAUCACCAUCACCUCCUAAAUACGUGUACUCAUCACCACCACCACCAGCUUACGUCGCUCCAAAGGUAUACCCAUCACCAUCACCUCCUAAAUACGUGUACUCAUCACCCCCACCACCAGCUUACCUCGCUCCAAAGGUUUACCCAUCGCCAUCACCUCCUAAAUAUGUUUACUCAUCAUCCCCACCACCAGCAUACGUUGCUCCCAAGGUUUACCCAACACCAUCCCCUCCUAAAUAUGUUUACUCAUCACCACCACCACCAUCUUACGUCGCUCCCAAAGUCUAUCCAUCACCAUCUCCUCCCAAAUAUGUUUACUCAUCACCCCCACCACCAGCUUACGUAGCUCCUAAAUAUGUGUACUCAUCACCACCACCACCUUCUUACGUCGCUCCCAAAGUUUACCCAUCACCUUCUAAAUAUGUCUACUCAUCACCACCACCACCAGCUUACGUCGCUCCCAAAGUUUACCCAUCACCUCCUAAGUAUGUCUACUCAUCACCCCCACCACCAGCUUAUGUCGCCCCCAAAGUUUACCCAUCACCAUCGCCUCCUAAAUAUGUCUACUCAUCACCCCCACCACCAUCUUACGUCGCUCACAAAGUUUAUCCAUCACCAUCACCUCCUAAAUAUGUGUACUCAUCACCCCCACCACCAGCUUACGUAGCUCCUAAAUAUGUUUACUCAUCCCCACCACCACCAUCAUACGUCGCCCCUAAGUAUGCUUACUCGUCCCCACUACUACCAUCAUACUACUACCUAUCUCCCCCUCCACCUUCACCUAAGGUUGCACCUAAAUAUGUAUACUCAUCCCCACCACCACCAGCAUAUGUUGCCCCUAAAUAUACUUACUCAUCUCCACCACCACCGGCCUAUGUUACGCCUAAAUACACUUACUCAUCUCCUCCACCACCAACAUAUGUUGCCCCUAAAUAUGUUUACCCAUCUCCACCGUCACCAACAGAAACACCUGCAUAUUAUUAGAAAUCCGUAACUCCGCUAUUCAUUCCCACCUGUUUUGUACUCCUUAAAAUCCAGGUCCAAUUCGCUGUACCAGCAUUGGUUCUUCCUCAAUUUGUUUAUUUUGAAAAUCCAUAGCCUCCAAGGUUACUUAUUGGUACCACAAUUAGAAUCAGUGUUCUUUGAGCUUUAUUCUACACAGAGGGUUGAAUUGCAGAGGAGUUCAACGAAAUGAUCCCUUGCGCCCUUCUGGUAACGUACCGUGCAAA